AUGUCUCAGUCUGAGGUGUUGCUAGUUGCAUUUACUUUACUUGUUGCUGGUGCUGCACAGCAUUAUCACAGAGAUGUUUCGGAUGCCACGUUGGUGGGAGAUGCAAUAGGUUCGUUUGUUACAUGGCCGUCAAGCCUCAUUAGUGUAGAUGAUGAGACUCCAACAAAAUCCAAAUCAAAAGACAAGGGGAUUCCACGGAAAAUCGAGUCAGUUGCAACAAUAAAAGAGAUUGAAGAUGUCAGUAGGGAAAUGUCUGAUAUUGCGAAAGGAAACACUCAUCUUGUACCUAUGGAGGACGAUAUUUUUGGUUUUCAAUAUGCCGAAGUAAUUGGUAUGGAAGAUUUUGAUGAAGUAUUUCAACAUACGCAAUUAGACCUCGGUGUUAUUAAUACAUACAUAAGUGGACAUUGGUUGUUGGUCGCGAUUAAUCCUAUCAGAGAAGUUGUAUAUUAUAUGGAUUCCUUACACAAUGGUCCAAGUACAUAUGAAGCUAUGAAGAAGAUGGUUGAUACUGCUAUACAAGUUUUCCGAGCACAAAGAGGUAAUCAAUGUCCUGGGCAGCGUAAUGAAGUAGAUUGCGGUUUUUACAUGUUGAGGUUUAUAAAAGAAAUUCUUCUUAUGGAUCGAAUAGAGAUUCCAUCCAAGUACUUUGAUGAAUUCAAGCGUGCUUAUUACUCAAGUUCUCAGUUGGAUGGACUUAAGGAGGAUUGGUGUAAAUUCAUGAUUGAGUUGAAAAUUAUAUGA